UCCGGUUUAACCAAAACUGUUGUUUGUUAAUUGUUUGUGUUAAAGUUUUUAAUUGUUUUUUGAAGUAUUUUGAGGAAGAUGUUGUAAUCUCGAAGAUGAGUGAUGUGGGCGUUAUUUUAGAAGCGUGUACGCUUUUUGAUCAAAAGCUACAAGACACUGAUGAUACUGAAAAGCGACAUAAACUUAUCAGGGAGCACAUUAAUUUGGUAGAAAAUAAACUUAAAGUUAAAUGCCCACAGUUUAAAACAGAUUUAGAAUGGAUGAAUGUUAGCAGUCCAUUGAAUCUAGAGCAGCUGAAAGGUAAAGUGGUUGUAUUGGACUUCUUCACCUACUGCUGCAUCAACUGUCUUCACAUUCUUCCAGACCUAGCUGCUUUAGAGAACCAGUUUACUAUUCAAGAUGGUGUCAUAGUCAUAGGUGUUCAUUCAGCAAAGUUUGAAAAUGAGAAAAUCUCUGCUAAUAUUUUAAGUGCCAUUUUACGUUACAACAUUGACCAUCCUGUGAUGAAUGAUGAUGAAGCUACCCUAUGGAACGAACUCAUGAUACAGUGCUGGCCAACUCUAGUGGUUCUAAGUCCAAGUGGAUAUAUUCUACAGUUCUAUGUAGGAGAAGGUCACAGAGAGAAACUGUUGGAGUUCGUCAAUGUCUGCACUUCUUUCUACCGUGACAACGGUCUGUUGAGCAAGCAUAACAUUCCUUUGGAUUUGGAAAAAUACAAGAGAGGUAACCUCUCCCUAAAAUUUCCAGGAAAGAUUUGUGUUACAGGGAAAAAUAUUGUGGUCAGUGAUACUGGACACAACCGAGUUCUGGUGUUGUCCAAAGAUGGUGUGGUACAGCAUUGUAUAGGUGGAAAAGAAAGAGGAUUCAAGAACGGGACAUUUACUCAGUGUCGUUUCGAUUCUCCUCAAGGUGUAGUUAUGAAGGAGAACGUAAUCUAUCUAGCAGAUACUGAGAACCAUGCCAUCAGAAAGAUAGAUCUGCAGAAACAGGAAGUCACUACAAUAGCAGGCACUGGUAAACAAGGAAAUGAUAAAUUAGGAGGGGGAAUCGGCAUAGAGCAAGAGUUGUCUUCUCCUUGGGACGUUGUGAUUGGCCCUUCACCAGAUGGACAGUCAGACUCUGUGUUGUACAUAGCCAUGGCUGGGACACAUCAGAUCUGGGUUUAUUUCCUAACAGAUGUAAAGUGGCACAAGGGGAAGGAAUACAAGCAAGGAUCUUGUGUGCGUUUCGCUGGUAGUGGUAACGAAGAAAACCGAAACAACAACUACCCAGAGAAGGCAGCCUUUGCCCAGCCCUCAGGUCUGACCCUGGGAAACACCCUGGAGGGGUCCUUUCUGUUUGUAGCGGACAGUGAGAGUUCCACCAUUAGGAGUGUGGCUCUGAAGGAUGGGGCUGUGAAACAUGUUGUCGGAGGAGAGAGGGACCCAAUGAACCUGUUUGCCUAUGGGGACAAAGAUGGUGUUGGGAUUGAUGCAAAGUUGCAGCAUCCUCUUGGUGUUGCCAUGGUAACUGAUUCUGGUUCUAUUCUGGUAGUUGAUUCUUACAACCACAAGCUGAAGCAAGUGGACAUCAGUAAGAAACAGUGUACCACUGUGUGGGGGUCGGACGGGGAGGUCACACUGAAUGAGCCUGGGGGUCUGAGUGUGGACAGCAAACAGGGCCUGGCCUACAUAGCUGACACCAACAACCACAGCAUCAGGAUACUGAGGAUCCAAGACAAAGUGAUGUCUCAGCUGCCAGUUAUCUUCCCCAGUGACACAGUAGAUAGUCUGACUAUAAAGUUGUCGGACAUCUUGAAACCAGGAAAAGAACCAGAGAAAAACGAGACCAUCAGUGUUGCCCCUGGAUCAGAGGUCAAGGUGAACCUCCUUCUGAGUUUACCAGUUGGAGGUCACAUUAAUGAUGAAGCCCCAAGCAAAUGGACUGCUGUUAUUCAAGAGUCCUCUUGUGAUGGAGCGGGAAAUCCCCUCUUUUCUCAGACAGGAACAAUUCAAGAAAACUCUCCUCAGCAUCUCUUUUCUUGGAAGAUGCCAGAUUUGUCUUCCAGUGGUAGAUUAUUUUUGUACUUAAAGGCCAAAGUGUUUUAUUGUGAUGAAAGCAAAGCCUGUAAGAUGAAGGAGAAAGUUUUUAUGCAGGAGUUGAUUGUUGAAAGCAGUGGUGCUAGUAAAGAAGUGCAAUUUAAAUUCCCAGUUUGAUUAUGCGUUGCUGAAAAUUUAAGGAUUGAAUAUUUUUUUUACAAUUGUUCAUUUACUUUUUAAAUUAAAAAAAUGUAUUUUUAAACAAUUUAGUUAUGGUGCAAUAUGUAUUUAUACAUAAAUGCAAAAUUCUUAAGAAAUAUAAGUUUUACAAUUUUACAUUUAGUUAUUAUGUUGAGAUUAAAAGGAUGCUUCUUUAAACAC